UUAUAGUCAAAGUGAUGGAGAUUUAAACACGACCAAACAAAAGAUACUCACAUGGAGAGAAAGUCACGCAUGGAAGCGGUUAUUAUUUAUUUUGGAUAGAAAACGCCUUGUUAUUUUAUUCGUUAAAACUCUAAAAACAACAAUUAAGUGUAAAAGAAGUCAUUAUAAUCCUAAUAAGCGUGUUUGGGAAAAUGCAGACACAACAAACACGUCAGAGGCUAGCAUGUAAACAUUGAUAUUCUAGAAAACAGUAAAAGACUUAUUAAAAAAAAAAUCAUAAUAAAAAUAGGGCUUAAAAAUAAGUCAGGUUUAAUGUCAGUAUAUAUAUAUAUACCCCACUAUAGUUGUUAUUUUGAUUAGUAUUAAUAGGCAGUAAAUGAUGAGCUCCUCGUUGGUUGUGCCUGUUAUUGAUGUUCAGAGUAAUAACUUUAAAGAGUUAUGGCCUGCUAUGGUGCUCGCUUUUAAAACAUCCUCGUUUAUCGCCCUGGACACGGAGCUCAGUGGCCUUGGAGCGAGAAAAGCUCUUCUAGCAGAGUCGAUCGAGGAUCGUUAUAAAGCGAUAUGCCAUGCAGCCCGGACUCGCUCUGUUCUGUCUCUGGGACUCGCCUGUUACAAGAAACUGGAUGAUAAAGUGGACAGGACGUAUCAGGUUCAGGUGUACAACCUGACGCUGCUGUGUGCGGAGGAAUACGUCAUCGAGCCGCAGUCGGUGAAGUUCCUCGUUCAGCACGGCUUCGAUUUCAACAAGCAGUACGCUCAGGGCGUCCCCUACGACAAGGGCAACGAUAAGGGUGGAGAAGCUCAGGGUGUCAACAUGCGUACGUUGUUCGUGGAGCUCCUGAGAGCCAACAAGCCUCUGGUGCUCCAUAACGGCCUGAUCGACCUGAUCUUCCUGUAUCAGUGCUUCUACGCUCAGCUACCCGACAAACUGGGAACCUUCACAGCCGACCUGUCGCAGAUGUUCCCCGCCGGCAUCUACGACACCAAAUACGCCACAGAGUACGAGCUGCGCUUCACGGCAUCCUACCUAGAGUACGCAUAUAAGAAGUGUAAACUGGACAACAGCAGAUCCAUCGCGGCUGCUCAGGACGGACCUCACGUCUUCCUGGAGUUUUGUAAUUACACGGGCAGCAUGCAGAGCUACGUGGACUACAGGCCUUGCACCGACUGCCACGGCUGUGACGGACCUCUGAACGUCUGCGUUCAGUUCUCGGCUUACGGAUGGUGCCCCAGCGGCUCAAACUGCCCCAUGUCCCACGACACAGACCUCAUCAUCCGGCAAGACGAGAAAUGCAAAGAGGACAAGCGGCAGAAAAGGAAGCGCAGGAAGAAGAAGAAAGCUGCAAAGCAGGAGGGAGAAGAGGAGAACGAUGAGAUGCCACUGGAUAAGAAAGCUCACAUGGAGGAUGAGGAUGGCAAAAAGGUUCUAGGGACAUUUACGGCUCACGGAGAAGAGAAGCCAAGCGACGUAGCUUCAGCUGCAGAGUCUCACACUGAACCCGGAAAGAACGAAUGCGACACCCCUCAAAUGCACGAAGCAACACCUGAUGCUAGAAACCAGGGUCCUAAACCCAGCGAGAGGAAGGCAGAAGGAGGAACGCACCGAGCCGGCUUCGACGCUUUCAUGACCGGAUACAUUUUCGCCUUCGCGACCAUCCAGAAUGACGAGGGACCCGAAUCCUGGAUUCCUGUCUGCGCCAACAAGCUGUAUCUGAGCGGCAAGAGCGUGCCCCUUCACGUAGCAAAGAGCACCUUCUCUAAGUCCUCCAGAGCUCACGUCACCAAGAUGGAGUACGUCUGGAGAAAACGCUUGCCCAAAGCAGACGGGAACUCGUGACGGAAACGUGCUUUUGUGAUCAAUUCUGUAUGUUUUGGUAAUAAAGCUUUUGAUUUCAUAUAAAAACGUGAA